AUGGCAAUAAACAUUGUGAAUAAGGACAAAGUCCAGAACAUCGUGAAGUACUUCGAUUGCAUACUCAAUACGGAGCAGUACAUCAUAUCGAAUCUUCGGAAUACAUUCUAUUCAGCAACUCUUAGACAAACGUUCAUCUAUGGAAGACUCCUCUGGAUCUUCAUAACAUCCUUCGGACUGGCAGUUGCGGUUUUCGAUGUUACACACACUGAAAGACACAUGCCACUGUUGCACAGCACUCCAGGAAUUUCUGAGCACAGCGUCUUCUACUAUCCUGUGAACAUUGUCCUUCAAUUGGCAUUCGACAUCAUUACGCUGGAAUUUGUCGUUUGCUCCGAUUUGCUCAUAAUUGUCAUGAUUAUGUACUGCAAUGCAGAAAUCAAGUCCAUUCUCGCUCUCAUUUCCAGCCUUAACAACGAAGACAUCGUUGGAAGUGAGGCUAAUGUCAUUUUGAAGAUUAUCCACAAUGUUCACGUCAGUUUUUUCGAGAACGCAAACCAACUGACCGACGUUUUCUGGCAAAUCUACUUUCAUAAACUCUUCACGAUUCUCAUCUACUUCUGCUCGGCAAUGUUUCUGUUGCAAUCAAAGGACGUGUCAAUUCUUGCGUCUCUCCUCUGUCUGGUAGUCAUCGUAGUGCAAAGCUUCCUGCUUUGCUACUUUGGUCAAGUGCUACAGAACGGAUCAGAAGAAAUGGCAAAUUCUCUCUAUAUGACAAAGUGGUAUUUGUUGGCCAUAAAAGAUCAAAAGAUUCUCCUAAUCCUUAUGAAUGGUUUCAAGAAUCCAAUCAAGGUGGAAACAUUUGGAUUCGGAGUGAUUUCUUACUACACAUUCGUUCAGAUCUGCAAGGCUUCAACGUCGUAUGCUGCCAUUAUCUACACUCUAUAUCUAUAA